GAGAGCAGCCGUGCCCACGGCCCGGCUCAGCGGUGGCGGCGGCAGGUGGGGGAGCGACUGGGCUCUGCCGGCGGAGCCUCCUCGCGCGGGGCGUUUGAACCUUCCGCUUGCUAGUUCUAACCGCGCAGUAGGGAACUGCCAGAACCUUGAAUGCAGCAAGGCGCGGUUCGUGCACCCUUGCCCCGGGGCUGCGGCGCGCGUGCCGGCGUCGGGCGGAAGGAAGCCCCCUGCGGGGCUGUUUUACUUAGAGCAUGGUGAAACUAAUUCACACAUUAGCUGAUCAUAGUGAUGACGUCAACUGCUGUGCCUUCUCCUUCUCCCUCUUGGCUACUUGCUCCUUGGACAAAACAAUUCGCCUGUACUCGUUAAGUGACUUUACUGAACUGCCACACUCUCCGUUGAAGUUUCAUACCUAUGCCGUCCACUGCUGCUGUUUCUCCCCUUCAGGACAUAUUUUGGCAUCGUGUUCAACAGAUGGUACUACUGUCCUAUGGAAUACUGAAAAUGGACAGACGUUGGCAGUGAUGGAACAGCCUAGUGGCAGCCCUGUGAGGGUUUGCCAGUUCUCCCCAGACUCCACAUGUUUGGCAUCAGGAGCAGCUGAUGGAACUGUGGUUUUGUGGAAUGCGCAGUCGUACAAGUUAUAUAGAUGUGGUAGUGUUAAAGAUGGCUCCUUGGUGGCCUGUGCAUUUUCUCCUGAUGGAAGCUUCUUUGUCACUGGCUCCUCAUGUGGUGAUUUAACAGUGUGGGAUGAUAAAAUGAGGUGUCUGCAUAGUGAAAAAGCACAUGAUCUUGGAAUUACCUGCUGCAAUUUUUCUUCACAGCCAGUUUCUGGUGGAGAACAAGGUCUUCAGUUUUUUCGAUUGGCAUCAUGUGGUCAGGAUUGUCAAGUCAAAAUUUGGGUUGUUUCUUUUACCCAUAUUUUCGGUUUUGAAUUAAAAUAUAAAAGUAUGCUGAGUGGGCACUGUGCCCCUGUUCUGGCUUGUGCUUUUUCCCAUGAUGGGCAGAUGCUAGUCUCCGGAUCAGUGGAUAAGUCGGUUAUAGUAUAUGAUACUAAUACUGAGAAUAUACUUCACACAUUGACUCAGCACACCAGGUAUGUCACAGCUUGUGCUUUUGCACCUCAUACCCUUUUACUUGCUACUGGUUCAAUGGACAAAACAGUGAACAUCUGGCAAUUUGACCUGGAAACACUUUGCCAAGCAAGGAGCUCAGAAGGUCACCUGAAGCAAUUUACUGAAGAUUGGUCAGAGGAGGAUGUCUCAACAUGGCUUUGUGCACAAGGUCUAAAAGACCUUGUUGGUAUUUUCAAGAUGAAUAACAUUGAUGGAAAAGAACUGCUGAAUCUUACAAAAGAAAGUCUGGCUGAUGAUUUGAAAAUUGUGCUUACUUGUUGGACACACUGGGGUCUCAUUUGCUCAGGCCCAUCAGAUGUCCUGUUGCUUUCCUCUACACAGAUGUCAACCACAGAAUCUUUAGGACUGCGUAGUAAAGUGCUGAGGAAAAUUGAAGAGCUCCGGACCAGGGUUAAAUUCCUUUCUUCAGAAAUUCCUGAUGAAUUUAUAUGUCCAAUAACUAGAGAACUUAUGAAAGAUCCAGUCAUUGCAUCAGAUGGCUAUUCUUAUGAAAAGGAAGCAAUGGAAAAUUGGAUCAGAACAAAGAAACGUACAAGUCCCAUGACAAAUCUUGUUCUUCCUUCAGUGGUACUUACGCCAAAUAGGACUCUGAAAAUGGCCAUCAAUAGAUGGCUGGAAACACAUCAAAAGUAAAAUUGUUGAUAUUAUAUUGUUUAUAUUUUCAGUAAUCUCAUUUGAAUGAUUUAAAGGUAAUUACUAAUCAGACAUUAUUAAAAAAACAGGAAAAAGGUAAACUUUUUCAAUUUAGUUACCUAUAAAAAUUGUCAAUUUCCAUUCUUUAAAAAUACAUGGACUUUUACUAUAAAGCCUUUUUGUACUAGUGAAAAAAAUCUUCAGCUGUAUAGAAAUAAAGUUAUACUUUAAA